ACCAUAUCGAAGAAACUUUGAAAAUAUAUUGGAAACGUAAUAAGAUAGAAAAAAAACAAACUUUGAUAUAACGUGGUGCAAAAGAAAAUCUCUUUUCUUGAGAAUAUAUUUAUCGUGUCAUAUCAGAGACAGUUCGAUCGUUGCACAUCGUUCGAAGACAACGAAGACGAACACGACGACGGAUGGGUACCCCGUUUUGAACUUCCAUCGAAGAAGAAAAAGAAAUAAUAGAAGAAGAAGAAGAAGAAGAAGAAGAAGAAAAAGAUUCUUAACUACUUUUCUUCCCUACUUUCUAAGAUCGAGUUAUCGAUUGGACGUUAAAAAUUCCCUUUUUCGAAGGAGUGCGGGUCCUUCGGCCGUAUAUGUUCGAGCUCCUUGAUUCGCAGGUGAGAUCACGUCGGCGAACUGGGAAGAUUUCACGAGAAAAGAAAAUAACGGUGAGCGAGUUCUCUGCAUGACAACGGGAGUAACAUCAACAGCGAUGAAGAUGAGCAAAGUGGGCAAUCAGACGAAUUCGCAGGACCCACAGGCAGUGAAUUCCCGGGUGUUUGUCGGCAAUCUAAACACGUUUCAGUGCAGUAAGACCGAUGUGGAGCGAAUGUUUCAACGUUAUGGCCGUCUAGCCGGGAUUUCCAUGCACAAAGGAUACGCCUUCGUGCAAUUCACGAAUCCCUUUGACGCACGCAGCGCCUGUCUCGGCGAAGAUGGCCGUACCAUUCUCAGCCAGAUACUCGAAAAGAAUCGAAGAUGUUCUUUCCCUACGACGAUGAAAUCACAAUGGCUUUCGGGGGAAAAUUCAUUCAACAAACGAAGAAGGAAACCCUCUGUAUAACAAGAUCUUCACAAUCACAUAGAAUAUUUCUUUUC